CAGCGCAAGACACGGUAAAUUCAAUACUCCUUAGCACCCGUGCACUCAGCGGCAAACAUUUCAAUGCAGUUUGGGAUGCCGGAAUUCUAACAUUAUCUUUGAAAACGUGACCAUUAGCUAUGAAGACUUUACACGGUGUGUUGGCAUGCACUCUGUUCCUGACGGUUCAUGCCUUCUAUUCGUCCAGUGACGACGUGGUGGAGUUAAACCCGUCUAACUUCAAUAAAGUUCUUCAGAGUGACAGCCUCUGGCUUAUUGAGUUUUAUGCCCCCUGGUGUGGUCACUGCCAAAGCCUCACUCCUGAAUGGAAGAAAGCUGCCACAGCCCUAAAGGGUGUUGUGAAGGUGGGCGCUGUUGAUGCUGAUCAGCAUCAGUCAUUGGGCAGCCAAUAUGGCAUCCAGGGUUUCCCCACUAUCAAGGUCUUUGGAGCCAAUAAGAACAAGCCAGAAGAUUAUCAAGGUGGACGCACUGGUCAGGCUAUAGUGGAAGGAGCCCUCACAGCCCUGCGGUCCCUGGUUAAGGAGCGUCUGAGUGGGAAAUCAGGAAGCUCGGGUCAAAGCAGACAGGGUGGAGGUGGUGGAGGCAAAAAAGAUGUUGUGGACCUUACUGAGGACAACUUUGACCGGCUGGUGCUAAAUGGAGAAGAGUCUUGGCUGGUGGAGUUCUUUGCUCCUUGGUGUGGCCACUGCAAGAGACUUGAGCCGGAAUGGGCAGCAGCUGCUUCAGAGGUCAGAGAGCAGACAAAGGGACAAGUGAAGCUGGGAGCCGUGGACGCCACAAUACAUCAAGGCCUAGCCAGUCGUUAUGGGGUUCGUGGGUACCCAACCAUAAAAGUCUUUAUCAAAGGAGAGCAGCCUGUUGAUUAUGAAGGAGGACGCACCCGGUCAGACAUCGUCGCCAGAGCCUUGGACCUAUACUCGGCCAAUGCUCCCCCUCCAGAACUGCUAGAGAUUCUUAACCAGGAUGUCCUGAAGAAAACCUGUGAGGACAAUCAGCUGUGUAUCAUUGCUGUGCUUCCUCACAUCCUGGAUACAGGUGCUGCAGGAAGAAAUGGCUACCUGGAGGUGAUGAUGAAAAUGGCUGACAAGUACAAGCAGAAGGCAUGGGGGUGGUUGUGGACUGAAGCAGGAGCUCAAAUGGAUCUGGAGUCUUCACUUGGCAUCGGUGGCUUUGGCUACCCGGCUAUGGCUGCCAUAAACGCCCGCAAAAUGAAGUUUGCCCUUCUGAAGGGCUCAUUCAGCGAGACGGGCAUCCACGAGUUCCUCAGAGACCUGUCUGUGGGACGGGGCUCCACAUCAUCAGUGGGUGGAGCAGCUCUGCCAAAGAUCCACACAGUAGAGGCCUGGGAUGGCAAAGAUGGAGUGCUCCCAGAGGAGGAUGACAUUGACCUCAGUGAUGUGGACCUUGAUGACCUUGGGAGGGUUGAGCUCUGAGUCCCAGAUGUUGUGUCCCACAGCACACUUCUGCUCAGCCCAUACCUCUCUCCUAUGGAAGAGGGGCACGAUGACUUUCCACAACCAGCAGAUGAGCGAUAUAUCAUACACUAUUAAGACAGUGUGAGUGCAUGGGGGUCUCCUCUAUACAUGGCGUGAGGCCUGGGGGCCUCAGGGGAUUAUCUAGGAACCUUAGGGGAGAGAGGGGACUGCCAUUUGGGUACCUACUUAAAGAAACACAAAUGCCUUAAUUCCAUUCCAGACCAAAUUGCCCAUAUUUAUUGGUAGUCUGCAUGUAGCAGACACAAAAAGAAAGCAUUUGAUACAGAAUAUGUGUUGUGUCACGCUGUAUCUUAUUGUGGAAAUUGAUAAUGCGGUGAAGAGUUAGGGUUUUUUUUUUUAGCUUUUUAAAGGUGUUUAUUUUUGUUUUAAUAUGUUGUUGGAUGUUUCAUCACAAUCAAGGAAGUUAAUAAAUCUGGCCAGCGGGUCGAAACGGUU